AUGGGGGCAUCGCUGACGACGCACGGGGAAAGCCUUUGCAACGCUGCGAGAGAUGGCAAGUUGGAUGUUAUCCGAUCCUGUCUCGAUGACGGCGCCAACAUCAACUGCUUGACCUUCACUCGUUGGACGCCAUUGCAUUAUGCUGCUUGGAAAGGCCAAUAUGGCGCCGCCGACCUCUUGCUCACGAGGGGCGCUGCCAUCGCCGCCAAAAACGACGAUGGUGAAACACCCUUGUAUGUUGCUGCUCUGCAUGGUCACUUGGCCGUCGUACGCCUGUUGCUCGAGAAGGGCGCUGCCACGGCCGCCAAAACCAAGCGUGGUGACACGCCAUUGCACGUUGCUGCUUCUACAGGCCAAUAUGACGCCGCCGACCUGUUGCUCAAGAAGGGCGCGGACGUCACAGCAAAAAACGACCGUGGGGACACGCCAUUGCACGUUGCUGCUCGGUAUGGUUACUUGGAUGUCGUACGCCUGUUGCUCGAGAAGGGCGCGGACGUCACAGCAAAAAACGGGAAUGACGAGACGCCACUCGAGCUUGCAAAAAGUAAGCUUCAUUUCCACGUCGCCCUGCUUCUCUCCUCCAAGGAAAACAACGAUGAGCCCUUGGCAGUGCUGCUACUUGUGGCCUCCUUGGCAAAGUAUGCAGGUUCCAAGUAUGGUCCGUACGUUGCAACUUUGCUACUCUAUGCGAUCGUGCUUGGGGUCGUGUACACGCUCUUCCUCGUGAUGCUUUGGGUCGUGUACCAGCACUUCCUCGUGAUGACCACGUACCUGCUUGGAGCAUAGACUCACUUCAACAAGCUCUUCCUCG